AUGGAUAAGGUAAAUGAAGAGGACAAAAACGCAAUUGUUGUCGAUGAGAAAUGUGUUGUUAAAGUAGAACCGGUUGACCUAGGCGAACCGACCGAAGCACCUGUUAGCAUCGUUCACCCGCGAGGAGUCAACCGCAAUCGUCCACAUGGAUGCACCAUCUGUGGCAAAGGAUUCAAGGAACGGCACGUACUAACCAGACACCUACGUACGCACUCCAGUGAGCGGCCUUUCCAGUGUGACAUAUGUGGGAAAGCGUACGGCGAGCCGGCACACCUGAAACGGCAUAAGCUUUCGCAUACCGGUAAGCCGGCCUUCGAAUGCAGUGUGUGUGGGAAAAGUUACGCUUCGAAGGAUUAUCACGUAAUUCACCUGCGUAUACAUUCCGGCAGGCAACGCCACAAGUGCAACGUUUGCGGAAGGCUCUGUGGAACGAAAAAAUACCUCGAAGCUCACAAAAAGAUUCACCGCGGUGAAGAACCAUUCAAGUGUGAAACAUGCGGCAAAAAUUUCACAAAACCUAGCACGCUGAAAGCACACCAGGGGCUGCACACCGGUCAGGGUUUGUUCGGGUGUGACUUCUGUGGCAAACAGUUCACCUUGAAAGCAAGCUUGCAGUUGCAUCUGGCAACGCACACCAACAACCGACCGCACAAAUGCAACUUCUGCGCAAAGGGAUUCAUUUCCAAGCUGGAACUGGUGUUUCACAUUCGCAAUCACACCGGUGAACGGCCACACAAAUGCACCAAAUGUGAUAAGACAUUUUUGCGCCCAGCAGGCCUUAAAAAGCACCUAAAACUUUACGACGAUCCAUACAAAUGUGAACAGUGCGGGUUGUUGUUUAUUGAUCAUGCGUUGCUUAGAGACCAUCGGCGAACGGUUCAUUUCAAGCCACGCUGCGUGGCGCAGCGAGGCGGAAAAGCAUUUCAAUUGUUCCGUUUGUGGGUUCAAAUUUACCGAAAGGACUAA